AUGUAUUGCAGCCAUCUAGGUUCUGCGCUUCUGACUUUUGUGAGCCUUGCAGGCCUCGCCAACUGUGCGCCUGCAACCUCGUCUACGUCAAACUCGUCGUGUAAAUGCUUCCCUGGCGAUGCAUGCUGGCCCAGCAACAGCGAUUGGGCCGCGUUCAACAAGACUGUUGACGGGCGCCUGAUUGCGACGGUCCCUCUAGGAUCACCGUGUCACGGCGCAUCCUACAAUGAGACCGAGUGUCAAUUUCUGCAGGACAAUUGGCUAUUCUCCCCAAUCCAUUAUGGCUCUUCGUCGUCGGUCAUGGCGCCCCUGUUCGCGAAUGCAAGCUGCGACCCAUUCCAGCCGGCUGACACGCCUUGCACUCUCGGAAAUUACGUGCGAUAUGCGGUCAAUGUGUCAACGGCUGCUCAUGUCUCAGCAACGCUCAAAUUCGCAGCACAGCGCAACAUCCGCUUCGUCAUCCGCAAUACGGGACAUGACUAUAACGGCCGGUCAACUGGUGCGGGCGCCCUCUCUGUUUGGACCCAUUAUCUCAAGGAUACGGAGAUUUUAGACUGGAAUGACAAGUAUUAUACCGGCAAGGCUCUCAAGAUUGGGGCUGGUAUCCAGGGCUUUGAAGCUCUCGAGGCAGCACACGCAGCUGGCUUAAUUGUGGUGACAGGAGAGUGCCCCAGUGUUGGUAUUGCUGGAGGAUAUGUCCAGGGCGGUGGUCAUUCAGCUCUUAGCACCAUUUACGGCUUGGCAGCCGACAAUGCCCUUUCAUAUGAUGUUGUGACUCCCAACGGAACGCUCGUUACUGCCACCAGGACGCAAAACAACGACCUUUACUGGGCAUUGAGCGGUGGUGGCGGCGGCAACUAUGGUGUUGUGGUGUCCAUGGUUUUCCGUGCUCAUCCAGACGACGUUGUCAGCGGCUCCAAGUUCGCCAUCGACACCACCGCGCUGGGCUCCGAGACGCUGUACGCAAUCAUUGACGCCUUCCACGCUGCUCUGCCGGCCAUUGUGGACUCGGGUGUCAUGAUCAUCUACUUUUUCGGCCCAGGCUUCUUCCAGGUGCCGGCCAUGACGGCAUACGGCAAGACGCAGGACGAGGUUGAGGCCAUCUUGAAGCCAUUUAUCGACGCCCUGGCGGCGCUCAACGUCGACCUGGCACCCACGUACACGCAGUUCUCCAGCUACUUUGAUCAUUUCCAGAACUAUUGGGGCCCGCUUCCCGCUGGCAACAUUCAGGUCGGCACGGACCUGUUUGGAGGCCGACUGAUUCCCCGCUCCGUGUUGCCGAGUUUCUCUCCGACGGCGCAGAAGCUAGUCGAGCUCGGUGUGACUUUUAUCGGAGUCGGGCUGAACGUCUCGCACUUUGGCGGCGACAACGCCAACGCCGUGCUGCCGCAGUGGCGGUCAUCCAUUGUCGAAGUCUCGCUGACGCUGCCGUACAGCUUCCAGGUUCCCUUCCAGGACAUGAUUGCAACACAAGAUACCAUCACCAACGUGGUCCAGCCCGUCAUCGAAGCCGCCACGCCCGGGGCUGGCGCCUACAUGAACGAGGCAGACUUCCAGCAGCCCGACUUCCAGGAGACGUUUUUCGGCGCCAACUACCCCCAACUGCUCAAGAUUAAGAAGAAGUAUGACCCCAAGGGCCUGCUGUAUGCGAGGGCGGCCGUGGGCAGUGAGGCUUGGACUGUUGCGGAGAAUGGCCGGAUGUGUAGAACUCAGUCAUGA